UUGUUUAUUUUUCUUUCGGUAAAAUGAUACUUGUUGUUUGGUGUAGGUAGACAUAGAUCAUCUGGAAAGCUCCAAUAUCGGGGGUUGGCUCUGCUUCCUACUUCCUGCUUCCGCCUUCAACAUUUAACAGUCCAAAAUCUCUGAAUCAGAAUUUGUGAUUCGGCCACAGAUGGAUGAAAACGAGGACCUGUUUUCGUCCCCGAGCUUCUCCGGUAACUCACCACCAAGCGACCUCCGCAAAUUCAGCCUCCUCGACCAGACUCGCACUGACACACUUACUCCUUCCGCUCCAAAGCUAUUCCCGGACUCUUCCUCUUCCUCAUCGGAAGAUGAGGACAACGUCGUCUCCCUCCACUCCACCUCCAAACGCCUCGACUACAUGCUCCAAUUCCUUGACCGCAAGCUGUCCGUCAUCAACGACGACGACUACAACAAGAACAACAACAGCAGCAGUAACUAUAACAAUAAUAAUAAUAAGAGCAACGCCUCCGAGGGGAACUGCUCGUCUUCGCUUCCGGAGUUCGUGGCUAGUGGGGGAGGGACUGGGAUCUUCAAAGUCCCGAUUCGGGCGGCAGUCCAUCCAAACCGGCCGCCGAGGCUGGAAGUGAGGCCCCACCCGCUGAGGGAGACUCAGAUAGGGUGCUUCUUGCGGACAAUGGUGAGCACCGCGUCCCAAUUGUGGGUUGGGACGGAGUGCGCCGUUAGGGUUUGGAACUUGAGCGAUCUGUACUCGGCGGCAGGACAAGGCAAAUCAGGGGAUGAGGAGGCGGUGCCGUAUAGGGAGUCGGUAUGCACAUCGGCUGUGAUAUGCUUGGUUGGGGAUGAGGGGAAUAAGGUGGUGUGGAGCGGGCAUAGGGAUGGAAGGAUCAGGUGUUGGAAGAUGGAUUCGGCUCCUACUCCGACGAAUCCGUUUAAGGAGGGCUUAUCUUGGCAGGCUCACAGAGGCCCCGUUCUUUCAAUUGUCAUCUCCUGCUAUGGGGAUCUAUGGUCAGGCUCAGAGGGUGGUUCCAUCAAGAUAUGGCCACGGGAAGCUCUUGAAAAGGCUCUCUCCCUAACAGCCGAAGAAAGGCACAUGUCUUCUUUGUUGGUCGAGAGAUCUUACAUUGAACCUUGGACCCAAGUUGCCGUCAAUGGUUUCAAUAACAUAUUAACUUCAGAUGUUCGCUACUUAUUAUCUGAUCGUUCUGGAGCCAAGCUCUGGACUGCUGGUUAUCUCUCAUUCGCAUUGUGGGAUGCUCGUACAAGGGAGUUAUUGAAGCUGUUCAGUACAGAUGGUCAGAUUGAGAAUCGAGUGGACAUUUCGUCAGCACAGGACUUCUCAGCUGAACCCAUUGCUGGAUCAAAGAAAGACAAAACACAAAGUUCUUUUGGUUUCUUUCAGCGGUCACGUAAUGCCAUAAUGGGAGCAGCAGAUGCUGUUCGUCGAGUUGCAGUGAAGGGUGCCUUUGGAGAUGAUAAUCGAAGAACUGAAGCACUGGUGAUAGCAAUGGAUGGAAUGAUUUGGACUGGGUGUACAAAUGGCCUACUUGUACAAUGGGAUAGAAAUGGCAAUCGUAUACAAGAAUAUUACUAUCAUUCUUCUGCUGUCCAAUGCUUUUGUACAUUUGGGCUACGUAUAUGGGUUGGUUAUGCAAGUGGUACUGUCCACGUAUUGGACCUUGAGGGUAAUCUGCUUGGAGGAUGGGUGGCUCACAGCAGUCCUGUCAUAAAAAUGGCUGCAGGAGCGGGUUUUAUAUUUACCUUGGCUAAUCAAGGUGGUAUAUGUGGAUGGAAUAUCACGUCCCCUGGACCUCUUGACAAUAUAUUGUGCUCAGAGUUAGCCGGCAAAGAAUUUACAUAUACAAGGAUAGAAAAUUUGAAAAUAUUGACUGGUACAUGGAAUGUUGGACAGGGAAGAGCAUCUCAGGACUCACUUAUAUCCUGGCUGGGCUCUGUUGCUGCUACUGUUGGAAUUGUUGUUGUCGGGUUGCAAGAAAUUGAAAUGGGCGCUGGUUUUCUUGCCAUGUCUGCAGCCAAAGAAACUGUAGGGCUUGAGGGCAGCUCUGUUGGGCAGUGGUGGCUGGAUAUGAUUGGAAAAACAUUGGAUGAAGCUUCGAAAUUUGAGCGCGUUGGCUCCAGGCAAUUGGCAGGAUUGCUCAUUGCUGUGUGGGUGAGAAACAAUCUUAGGACUCAUGUUGGGGAUCUUGAUGCUGCAGCAGUUCCAUGUGGUUUUGGGCGUGCCAUUGGUAACAAGGGAGCUGUUGGUUUGAGGAUUAGAAUAUAUGGCCGGGUAAUGUGCUUUGUUAAUUGUCACUUUGCUGCACACUUAGAAGCCGUUAAUCGCCGCAAUGCAGACUUCGAUCAUGUAUAUCGAACAAUGACCUUCAGCCGACCUAACUUUCUCAAUUGUGCAGCUGCUAGUGCUUCAUCUGCAGUUCAAAUGCUUCGUGGCACACAUGCUAUUGGUAACAAUUCUGCAGAAGGGAUGCCUGAGUUAUCUGAGGCAGACAUGGUCAUAUUUCUUGGCGAUUUUAACUAUCGACUUGAUGGUAUAUCUUAUGAUGAAGCUAGAGAUUUUGUUUCUCAAAGAUGUUUUGAUUGGCUUAGAGAAAGGGAUCAGCUCCGAGUGGAAAUGGAAGCUGGAAAUGUCUUCCAAGGAAUGCGUGAGGCAGAUAUUAAGUUUCCUCCCACGUAUAAGUUUGAAAGGCAUCAAGCUGGUUUAGCAGGAUAUGAUUCUGGUGAGAAGAAGCGCACUCCAGCUUGGUGCGAUAGAAUCUUGUACCGUGACAGCCGCUCAGCGUCAGUAUCAGAGUGCAGCUUAGAAUGCCCUGUAGUGUCCUCAAUCUCACAGUACGAGGCCUGCAUGGAUGUGACAGACAGUGAUCACAAGCCUGUCCGUUGCAUUUUUACUGUUGAUAUUGCUCGAGUUGAUGAGUCUCUAAGGAGACAAGAGUUUGGAGAAAUCCUUAAAUCAAAUGAGAAAAUCAAAUGUAUUAUUGAAGAACAAUGCAAGAUUCCAGAAACUAUUGUCAGUACAAACAACAUAAUCCUUCAAAACCAGGACACCUCCAUUUUGCGUAUUACAAAUAAAUGUGGCGAUAAAGAUGCUUUUUUUGAUAUUAUUUGCGAAGGACAGUCAAUCAUUAAGGAGGAUGGACCCACAUCAGACUAUUGUUCCUUUGGCUUUCCACGAUGGCUUGAGGUUACUCCUUCAGCUGGCAUUAUCAGACCAGAUCAUAUAGCUGAGGUGACAGUUCAUCACGACGAGCACCAAACCCUAGAAGAGUUUCUUCAUGGUGUUCCACAAACUUGGUGGUGUGAAGACACCAGAGACAAGGAAGUCAUAUUGGUGGUUAAGGUGCGUGGCAGUUACACUACUGACACAAGACAUCACCGUGUAUGUGUGCGCCAAUGCUGUUCAGCCAAGACAAACCAAAACGAACCCACUGGAGACAGCACCAGACAAGCACAAGGGACGGUUCUUCGCCGGUCUGAUUUUCAACACCUGAGCAGUUCCUAUGAUGUGGUUGACCAUCUCUGGAGUUCGCGUAGUCCUUAAAGCAGCACACUAAAACUGGCUCUUUGAUGGGCAGAACGAGUUUUUUUUUAUUUUUUUUAUUAACCAAUUCUUCAAGGAUUUUGUUGUAAAUAACCGAGAAACGUUGUUGAAUUUCUAAGGUUUUACAAAAUUUGAUUUGUGUCCA